GGAAACACAUGAUUUUUUUUAUAGAAGAAUAUAGAGUAUGUAUAUUCAUAGAAUGAGCUUUGUAGGCCUUAAUAUUAUGUAAAAAAAUUUCCAUUAACAUUGAAAUAUGGCGGUAGCACGUAGCCAGAAUAAACUGCUAAGAUAAGUUUGUGAUUACCCUUUCUUCAUAUUCCACCGCCUACCAUCACUUUUUUUUUUUCGGCGACCAAGUGACCGCAUGUAGAAUUAAUAUCAGUAUUCUUCUAUUCAUAAAUCUUUUAUUUUAUUUUAUACCCCUUCCCCUGGAGGCCUUUGUUGUGUGAGUGUCUGACCCAAACCGAAAGCAGGUCAACCUGCCAACAAAUGUCCCAUUCGCUUCAUAACGUAAAUCCAGCGAAAUCGCCAGCUAACAAGGUGGCAGAGUUCAAAGUUCUGAAGAGACACACUGUAAUUAUGAAUUCCGGUUGGGAAAGGGGGGACCACAAGUGUAUACAGGGGUUGAGUUGGAGUAAAAUUAGGUACAGUAGAGUAAAGGACACAACCAUGACAAAGAGGGGGAGGGGGGUAUAAGAGAUACUGAGGGAAAUUGAGAGGCGGGCACAAGAUGAAGAAUAGGAAUAGCAUAGAUAGAACUGGAAAGGGUUAAGGGAGAGAGAAAUGAGAGAAAGAAGGUUGGAGCGGAUUAACAGCAAUUCAGAAAGCAUACAUGCAGAACUGCAUACAGUACAUGCAUCAUUUGCGUGUGCGUGCAGCACAUGGACAAUUUGUCAGUCGUGUGCGUGUGCGUUUUUGAGGGAGUGUGUUUUCAAGGGCGCCUCAGAGCGAAGUUCCUCAAUCCGCAUUGUGUCAAAUCAACUUUUGUUCUCACACAGUGAAGUCAUGCUGUGCUCGUUUUCUCUCAGACUUUUGUACAACUUGUCAUCUUCACGCUGCACUUCAUGUUCUUGCACCAUAAUGGCUUGAAAUGUGAACUGACUCGAUGUUUUGUAUUUUGUUUCUCCCAUUUCCAGCUAGACCGUAUCCUAUAUGAACAGUGAGGACGGGAGGCAGCCUGUGAUAGUCAGAAUGGGGGACACAGCGGCGGGAACUGUAGCCUCGAGUGUUAGCCUGACUUAUGCCGCCGUGGGCGAGGCGGGGAACGGCAGCACGACUGGGUACACUAAUCUCAACGGAUUCGAUCUGAACUCCACAGUACCAGCGCCACUCGAACCCCCAUAUACCCUCAGUCUCGGCGCUACCAUCGGACUUGGGAUCGUCUUUGGAAUCAUAAUUCUCACCACUCUUAUUGGAAACAUUUUAGUGUGUUUAUCACCCCUUGUGUGUCACAGACUACGUACAGCGACCUAUACUUUUCUCGUUUCUCUCGCCAUAGCGGAUUUAUUGCUUGGAAUAACCGUACUACCCUUUAGUGCUUAUAAUACUUUGAAACCCAUGCAAUGGAUCUUUACGCCCAUCUACUGUAACAUUUAUGUGUCCUGCGAUGUUAUGUUCUGUACGUCUUCCAUACUCCAUUUGCUUGUAAUAAGUUUAGACCGUUACGUAGCCAUCACGCGCCCUUAUGCCUAUCAACGCAAUAUGAACAGAAAGAAAGCAUAUGCAGCGUUGGCUGUUGUGUGGACCAUCUCAUUACUAAUUUCCUUUCUGCCAUUACAUCUGGGAUGGAACACUGAAGACGGUAAGGUCCAAAAUUAUGAGAACCCCAGAAUAUGUGGACUAGACAGCAACAGAUACUACGCCUUAUUUGAUGGCAUCGUCUUAUUUUUUAUUCCACUCAUUGUGAUGUCCCUGGUAUAUGUUCGCUUGGUCUUCAUCGCCAAUAGACAGGCACGUGCAAUCCAAAAACUCAUGAUCAGCAGCAAAAACGAGACGAGCGAGGAGCGCGCCAACCGCAGACGAUCGGUCGAUGAACACCGCGCGCUCAAAAUUAUCGCGAUAGUGAUGGGGGCGUUUGUCGUCUGCUGGGUACCGUACUUUACACAGUUUACGUUCAGAGACGUGGGACAGUGGAAUAUUGAUCCAGUGCUAUUUGAAGUGCUUCUCUGGUUGGGCUACCUUAAUAGUCUCAUAAACCCUGUGGUCUACGCCUGCAUGAAUCGGGAAUUCCGACGCGCUUUCAAGCGCCUCCUGUCAUGCAUGCGCUGGAACCCACCCGACGAUACCAUUGACUCGCGAUACUACACCACGCAGUACUCAAGUCGUAGUGAUCGCAGAAGCGUGGGAUCGGGCUCCAAAAAUGGAGUUGUCCGAUAUAGUGCCUCGAAUCACCAGACGACAGGGAAUGGUUCUAAUAACUACACACUUCAGCUGCCCAUUAAAAAGAACGGGAUUUACAUGAAGCUAUUCAGGUCUUCCAGUCGGGACAGUGGUACACGACCCCAGCCCACAUGACAUAAGGAGACACGUGUGUAGUUUAGGUGGUAAUUAUUAAGUUUUUCAAUAAACUCGCUUACAAUUAUUAUGGCUGCUAGAGUUGGUAAUUCUUAUGAAUUAAGCAUGGUAGAAAUCAAUCAUAUGGUGUUGUUUUACCAGAAGCAGCUUGUCCUAUUAUUUAAAAAGGGUAAACCCUGACGAACAAUGGUAUUUUAUUUGAUGCUGAUGUGUUGUAAUGCAAUGUAAUUUCCGGCCUGGUACGAUAAGGGGAUCAAAUCUGUCAUCGGAGGUAUGCACAUUUUUAUAAGUUAAUGGAAAGGCAAAUAUUCAUAAUAUGAUUAUUGUUAAUUGUUAGCAUUGCUGUAUAUUAGGAAACACCUACACGUUGGGGUUUAGGGGCAUGAAUUGCCCUUGAUAAAUUUGCCAUGACAAUUUGCAAUAUUCCUGAUAUCAGCAGAAUUAAAAUAGAAUGUGUGUUAAAUUUGCGAAACAAGACAGCGAACUGGAGUUUUACUGCCACAAUUAUUUAGAGCGGGAAAGCGUGAGAUGACCGGGAAACUUCCUGAACGGAAUUGAAGAUCAUUCAUUUACAUUCAGUUUUACUACUUGUGUAAUAUUAUAGAGCUCAUGUGUGCCUAUGAAGUGAUUAGCUCAAAAGGAUAUCAGUGGAACCAGUUGGCUUUUCUCCUUUUUGUUCUUCAAUUGAUUUAGAAUUGAAUGAAUCUGAUUUGAUUUUUGCUAAAAGUAUCUUAAUGUGAAAUUCGUAGCAUCUGAGUCGAAAUGCUAUGAUUUGAAAACAUGGUUCUUCUAAAAAUUGGCACCCAUUGCGAAUACCGAACGCGAGCUUCCCUUUUUGAUGUGCGACAUUGCGGUAAGAUCGUAUUAGAAAAUGCUUACCAUCCUUACAGAGCGAAGUGUAUUCCUAAUGUAACUGGAUAAUUUUGUACCGCAAAGUGCUGAUUGUGCUCCAAAACAUAUUUGUGUCGUUAAGAAAAGAAAAGAUAAGAAAAUAUUAUAUUUGAUAUUAUUGUAAAAAAAGUUGGCAAAUAUUUAGAUAUGGUAUAUACGGCUUCACAUAAAUUGUGUUAACUAAGCUUCCAUUGAAAGAUAAAUACCUAAGCAUUCAUGUUAUAUGCACAAAAGAUCUUGUACAAAAGGUAUGUAUGAAAUUUCAUUUCAUUCUUACGUUUUCGGUCUAGCAAAAUAGCAAACAUCAUUUAGACAUGUUUGACUAUGAUGCUUUUUUCUUCUCGUCCUUUUCACUUAAAUGCAUUGCUUUGAGAAACAAAUAAUAUGUAUGAAUUAUUUUAUUAUUUAAGAUGAAAGAUUAACAUGGUUUAUAUAAUGCGAUUCCCUGUGUCUCCUAUUAAUAGUAGGCCUAUUCAUUUGCUAUCCAUGGAAAAUAAUCAUUGUACUACUGGCAUGACUGGUGAAAUAAAGAAAGAAAACGGGUUUUUCUUGCCUAUCCCUACAAAUUUUGAGUCCAGUCAAGUACAACACGCAUGCGCAUUUGAAAGUUAUAUGUGAAGAUUAAAGGACAAGUCCACCCCAACAAAAAGUUGAUCCAACAAGAAUAACACUGAAGAUUCUAUUAUAUGAAAUAUGAAAUAUCUUAAUUUUCUCCUCAUUGGAAGGUGAAAUAAGUUUACUUCCUCCAUGAACAUGGGGAAUUACAAUUGUUCUAACACUUUAUGGUUCAGUAAAACUGGUCCUUAUUGUGAAAUUUGUAAGAAUUGAAAUAUUGUAUAAUUCAAACAAUAAAAAACAAAAUAAAUAGUGAGUGGAGGACAUCACCGACUCUCUCAUUUAUGUGUUGCCGAGUUGUGCAUUUAACUGUUUUGUGAAAAAUAAGCUAAACUUUAAAAUGUCAUAACUUUCUUAUUUUACAUCCGAUUUUGAUGAGAUUUUCAAUGUUAUUCUUGUUUGAUUUUUCUCUAUUGAUUCAAAUCAACAAUUUUCUAGGGUGGACUUGACCUUUAAGGAAGAGUUCACUGACACUGCCCCGCCCCUCAAGUUCAGAUCUUAUGUUUACUGAUAUUGUGGUUAUAAUUUGGUACUAUCUCUGUCAACAUGGUCAAUUGUCGCCCAUCCGUUUGCUUUCGUUAUAUUCUUUGCUUUGCCAUCUCCAGGUUCAAAUCAUUUUUAGUUUCAUUCUAAAAAAAAAUGAUAACUUGUACUCAAAAUUCUACCUCUAUUUCAAAUUGCUCAUUAUCAUAGUUAUCUAGUAGUGUUUUCAUAAACUUAAUGGAGAAAAUUACACGUAUGCUUUCUUCUAAGAGCAAGAAGGAAAUUUUUCAGACAGUGGAGAUAUUUGUCCCAAUCAUGUUUGUGACGAUCAGUUACUAUUUAACGUAGCACAGGUCAAGGUAGACGUCGAUUUUUUUAUCGUUAGGACAUUUGUAACUUCCGUCAACCCUGUUUUCAACAUUUAUCGGUGAUUGAUUCUCUAUCUGACAAGUUCAAAGAGAGCAACAGUUGUGUUCUACAAAAAAAAAACGUGUUUCUCGCUAAAAUGGCUGAGGUAUAGUAAGGGAGUAUCUGCGCUUGAUUGGAGUGAGUGAGUGGGCGACUGUGAGGGUGUGUGUGUGUAUCUGGGGUGGUUUGCUACAAUCCAUUGUCAUUUUUAGACACUAUAAUGUUAGUGUGAAAGUCUUGAAUCAAAUAUGACAUAAUUUUUUUUCAUUCAACAUCAAUACAAAGUACAUUUUACCUACGGCAUUUUCGACGUCCCGCCCGUGUGUGUGUGUUUUUUUUUUUAGGCACGUUAGGUGGACGGCGUUCCCGUUUAAGCUUCUGUUUUCCACAAUACUAUUUGGGUAAUGGUAUUUUGUUUUUGUAUAUUGAUGUAUCUGUCAGAUUGGUUAUAUCAGGGAAGUGGGAGUACGCUGGUUGUAUGCAUCAUGCCACAUUAAAUGGAACAGUAAUAUAUAUAAGUCAACCAAAUGUGUCUGCAUAGUGAUCAUCUUUGUGAUUUAAUUUUUGCUGAAUAAUCAAUGUUGGAAAGGUUGGGUUCGACGCACUCAAUGAUUUUUCUCUGGCCAUGUUGCAACUCAGUUGUACAUGGGGAGUACCGAUGUCAAAAGUGGCGGCACCAAGCAUUUUAAGAUAGAAGAGAGAAAAGGAAAGCGGACAGGGGCGGACAGGAAAAAAUGUCACCUGAACUGCAAGAUACAGCUACAACGUAAGAACAAAGAAUUAAUGGUAAUUAACCAUUAUACGGGAUUUAUGCAUGCAUGCUUUACCCGCAGUCACGAAAAGGAAGACCUAUAUCUUUGGCGAUAUUAACGAUAGAGGAUGUGAGUUACACGAUCCUAAGGCGAAAAGUCGCAUUAACUUACCGAUAUCAAUAUUACCAAGACAAAAUGUGGAAGUUCAAUUUGACGUUUCCUGGUGUGACAUGGUCCUAUUGCCGAUGGAAAGGUUGAUAAAUUAAUGGGAAAAGGGCAAUCAAGGAAAAAAGUAAAUGAUAUUACGUUGAUCAUGUUAACCAUGUUAGGGUGGCAUUUACCAAGGGACCGAGAUCUUCCGAACGUGUUCUGUGUGAAAGAAAGACUUUUUACACCUGCAGUGCAUGUUAGUACAAAACUGGCUAUAACCUUCCAAGGUUUAUUCAAGUCCAUAGCAUGGAGAGAAUAAUUAGUAGAGAAUUCCAACAAACACUUAAAAUCGUAUCUUUGUGUGCAGAUUCACAGACAGCAACAAUGGUAGACUUUGCAAUGCACCCACUUUCCUUCGGUGUAGGGUUCGUGAAAGGACUUCAACACUAUUGCUCUAUCUGUGAUAAUUCCUUUUUGAUGCAUCCCUUGCUUCAUAAACCAGUUGUGAUUUGAGAUGGAUAUAUUAUCAUUGCGGAUUAUGAUCAUUUAUGCAUCGAUAUGAAAAUCCGUUUCUACGAAUUAUUAUUGCAUUUACAUUCCCCUUUGAUGUUGGAGCGUCCCCUUUUAUGGCUUAAGCCUUAAUUCAUGAUCGUGUCCUCCACAAUAUUCAUGUUGCGAUAUUGUUCCAUUCGACAUGGCGUAUCUGGUUUUCAUGCAUGCCCGAGUGUUCAUGACGCUGGUGAAAAAGCAAUGAAUGUGGGGAACUCUUUCUCUCGAAAAUAACGGGCACAUUUUCGCCGGUUGAAUGCCUUCGAAUGUUACGGAUCGAUUCGCCAAUAAAGGACAAAUUUAAUGAUCUGAAGAGGCUUUAGAGCGUGACAGAAUGAUGUGCAGGUGACGGGGUAAGGGGGAAUAUGAUAAGGCCAAAAACAUGCCCUCUUCCUAAAAUGCCAAGAAUGGGAAACUUUGUUUUGCAUGGAAAAAAUUAUAUGAUUGUAUUUCCCUCACCAUAUGUCGGUAGCUGCUGUCUAAACCAAUUAAAAUAUUGAUAUAACGUCUCUGUCGAUUAACUCUUUGCACGCUGAUUUAAUUUUGGGGGAUCAUAAUGAUAAUUGUUUCCACGUUAUGUUUUUUUAAUUCAAAAUAUCCAUAUUCCACCAUUGAUACUUAAUAUUAUUCUAUAGAUGUCAUCCAAGAACUGUUGCCUUUCCUUUGCUCACCUUAUUUGAAGGUAGGAGAGAAAAUUAUCACGAUUGUUGAAUUUAAUUGUUCGAAUGCGCAACAUCAGCGCGCAAAGGGUUAAAGUGAGAUAAAAACAUCCCGUCGUUUUUUGGUUUGAAAGGAUGUAAUAAUUCUGAGUACAUUGUCGAAAUGUUGAAAAAUCCAGGCAAUUCCGUUGUAACAACGUUUAUCUGGUAAUUGAAAAGUGGCAUUGAUGGCAAAUACAAUAGGGGAGAUGGGACAUGGAAAAGGGACCAUUUACUAAACAAUGGUAAAUUUCCAUGGUUACCAAGGGUAAAUUAUCUGAAAAGAGUCUUCAAACACAAAUGGCGAUAAUUGAGAAAAUGUGAGAAAGGGCCGGGAAGCGUUUGACCACUUCCACCGUUUCAUAUUUAAGAGCACAUCUUUCCCAUUUAAAAUGAUUUAAUAUGAAAUGAAUUCUCCCCUAGACUAUGCAACACUUUCUGUGAGCCCCCCCCCCCCCCCCACUAAUCGCCUGUUUAUUGUACUUUGUGACUAAAGGCUGAAUGUGAAGAAGAAUCCUAGAGACAGUGCGUGCCACCCGCUUGGCUAUUUUUUAUAAUGGUACCCUCAAAUUAUUGAAAGUUAAUGAACAUAAUCAACCGCAUAUUUUUUCCUUGGUAAAACCCAUGACCAAUAAGUCGAUAAAAAUAGCAGAAUAAAUGGUGAUGUGAUAUUAUGAUGUGGGUUUUGGUGUCUGCUUGAGGCGGGUGGUUUGUAGUCUGAACUUGGGGGUAUUGUCUGUUCUAUUUUUUAUCAUGAUGACAAUGUCUCGGAAUUGCAUGAUUUGCUCUGAGAUUGCUUUGGUUACUACCCUUUUCGAAAAUAUGUUUCCAAACAAUAUCAUGUGAUACAUGACAAAACGUGCAUGCAGCUACGUAAUAACUAUAGUUUAAAAAAAUAAUCUCUAACAUUUCAAGAGAAGUCAGAUCGGAAUUUUUGUAAUUGUCUCUGUAACUAUUCUCUUUAGGGUACAUGGCGAGAUGUCAAGAGGUUUAUUAGUGUGAUUCGCCAAAUUCAGUUCUGAUAACAACUUGUAACGCCUGUUUUUUUUAUCAUUUUACCGAUAGGCCCAUUUGAUUUUGGACUCGGAAAACCCCCAACAAAACCCCAAACUCUUGAAACAAUCAUGAAAAUGUUGUGAAAGAAGUGUGCACUGGAUAGAUUUCAUUAAGCUGUUCGUGAGUUACGCAUGACUUUAUCCAUAACAUGUGUCGGGAGAGACCCAGGUGAAUGUUCAACGUUGGUCUUAAUUUCCAGUACCCUAAUUAAUAUCGUCUAAAAACAACUGUACAACGAAAUGCUUUUUUACGAAGAUCGUAUGACAAUCUAACGUUGAUGAGAACUUUAAUAAUUGGGAAUCUUAAUUAACACCUGAGAACAUGCCCCAUCAGCUUGUAAGGCCACGCGAAAUAUACGAACUGCAAUAUCAUUGUUUGUGAACUAGUCCCCGGGUGCAGUACUGCCCAGGUAUGUAAGACUAUUCUGAUUAUUGAUGAAUGUGUGGUUGUGAGUGAGAAUAUGGGUGGGUGUGCAUGGGUAUUUGUUCACACUUACCCCGCUGGCAAUCGAGGACCUACACACGCCGACGUUCACGUUCAAAACCUAAACACACACAGGGAACCGAGGACAGUUUUGAAAUCCGAAGUUGGUCAUGCAAAUUGCAAGUAGUCCGAAAUCAUAAUGCUUUUGCAAUUUGCUUUACAUGUUACAGAUACAAAGUUCUGGGUUAGCAAUGAUAAGAGAUAUCGGUUGUACAGAACGAUUUCAUAAUGAUCAUCCGUUGACCAGACACAAGUCAUUGAUUAUGUAUUAGAAUACUAUACUGAAAAAAAAAAUGUCCUCGAUUACUUUGUAUGUGUGUUCGUGUGGGUGCGAGGGUGUGUUGGUCGUGGUGCAACGCGAUUUACAUCACAGUCCACAGAAUAUCAUAAGCCAAUCCAGUGCAACAAACUUAGACCCCACUUCGUGGUAAAAGACUCUUAAUCAAGUUCAUGCUUCAUAAUCCAUAAUUUAUUUUUCAAGAUAGAUGCCGGUUGUGAUGCUACUUCGAAUGUCGCUAUGUUAUCGGGGUGUGAAUGUCAAAAAUGUGAUAUGUUGAUUAGGGGAAUAAGUAGUAUUGUGAAUGUAAAGUGAGACAUGCAGGUCUUUCAAGUGAAUGGAAUUGUUUAUAGGAGUGAUAUACAGACACCUUUUGUGUAAAGCGUGUUUUGGCGUGUGUGAGAGGCUAAUCGUUCAUUGUGAUUUUUUACGCUGCCAUAUUGACCGAGAAACACGGAGUCAAAAUUUCCAAUUUUGAUGGAUGAAUAAUACAAACAAGAAUAGACAUGUCGAAUAGACAGGUCAGAGGCUGUGUACUUGAUAUCUUUCCUGCUAGGAAUGUGUACACGUACAAGGUGGAAACAGAGUAAUUUGUCUUUACCUGUGACGGAACUUGUAUGAACAGUGAACCAUUGUAGUGUAACAACCCUCCCACUGGCACAUAAACACAAAAGAAACAAAUUAACUCUUGAUAUAAUCGAAGAUGUUCCACGAGGAGGAAAGUGGUUUGCGCGAGAAAUGUAGGCAAAGAUUUAAUUGAGCGACAUUAUUUCAGACCAGACAUGUGCACUUUAUAGGUGGAAUGGAUCAUGUUCGAUUACCAAUAAUGUUGUGUUCUUAAUUUGUAAAUGCAUCGUACGAUGAAUGUGCAUUUAAACGAAUGGUAAACCAACCGUGGCCAUUAAAACUGUCACAUUUCUUCUCUCUCCAUGGAAACAUGGUCGUGACGUUCGAAUGUACUUUGUAAAGUUGUAUGUUGAAAACUCCAUGAUGAGGAUAAUCAGUUUGAUCAAGACCGUUUUUCAUCCAUAUUGUCUACAUAUUAAGCAAUUUAGGGUUUCCUUUCAAGAACAGGAAGAUAUAUUUUAGCAUGGUACAUGGUUAAGGUUACAAGGCUAGUACUGAAAUAUUUGUAAUUUUUUUAUAAAAGUAAAACCCCACUUCCCUGCCCCCUCACACUCCCUCUUGCAGUAUUCAUAUGACGCAAAUGAUAUGUAAGGAGAACUUCCAAACGUUAUUCGCUGGGAUUGUGUUAAAUAAAUGCAUAUUUCUGAUGCCAACCGAAACGUUAUUGCAUAUCCUAAUAUUAUAUAUAGGAAUAACACAUUAACAUUUUGUCCUUCUUUAUAGUAAUGAAUAAAUAUUGAGAAUUUUGAAUAAUAUUCAACCACAGAUAUUGAUUUUUUUAUAUUAUCAUUAUAUGAAAUACGAAGUUAGCUUGGCUCCCAUAUGGCGUACCAUAAGACACAGCGCCAUAGAUUUGCCUUGGCACUCGAUAAGUGGCAACUCAAAAUUCACUUUAAUAUGUGUAAUCAUUUCUGUCAGUUUUCAGUUUAUAUAAAAUGUGAGGGAUCGUUUAUCGUGUAAAAUCAUAUGCAGUUGAUAUAUGUAAUUAAUGUGUAGCAAUCGGGUGAAAAUGUGAAAUGGAAUAUAAUUUUAUCAUAAUCCAUGUCCAAGUUUGGUAAUUUCUUAUUAUUCCAUUGGCAUGAAUUUUCGCAUCCCCGUUAAUCACUAUAAUACAUACAUGUACUAAUUUAAAUUGUGCUUGCUACAACAUAAAUUUAAUUAUUGUAUAUGUUAUAUUCAUUUACCAGGUUAAAAAUAAUUGAGUUUGACGUCGGUAUAUAGGCCCUUUGGAUCUUGUUCAAUUGGCAUGCCAAAAGUUUUUGAUGUAACCACAAAUAAAUGUAAAUAUCACUAAGAUACUGAAUAUUUGCAAGUAGAAUACGAAUUAUUGUGAUAAAUAUCCUUGUCUCUAAUAGGACCUGUUUAUAAAUUUCAACCUAUAGUCAUUAUGCUGCAUCCAACCAAUUUCUGUUUUCUUUAAUUGUGCCCCCCCCCCUAUUCCUACAGUACCAGGUCAAUUCUAAGAUGUAAUAGGCUCUGUAAUAUCCGCCAUUUUGAAAUCCAAGAUGGCGACGAUUAACGGUAUAUGAAUGUAAACUGUGUAUCUACACGAUGUUAUUGAAAAGCUGGAAUAUGUUGUGUGUGUAUUUUUUCGCUCCGUGUCACUGUCUGCAUAAAAUGUUAUAUGUUGGUGUAAAUAUAUAAAAGGGAGAUAAUUUUGUCUGUAUAUCUUUACAAUAAAAUUUAUAAAUAAACUCUAUUAAAGUUGUAUACAACCAGGAACAAAUUA